CGUAUACACACACACAAGAAACUGGCAAACCGCUUAAGAUACAGGGCGAUAAAAAGUGAUUCCUAGAGAGAGCGCUGGUAUUUAUAAGAGAUAGAAAUAGAAACAGAAAGAGAGAGUCUGAGUGUGUGUGUGUGUGUAUAUGUGUGUGUGAGAGAGAGUGAGUGAAUGAAUGAAUGAGUGAGUGAGUGAAUGAGAGAAAGAGAGAGUGAAGAAGAAGACAAAGAGAGAGAAAGAGAGAGAGAGAGAGAGAGCGCGUGUGACGGGGUAAGCAGCCGGCUGCUGGGGGAAAUGCCGUUAUAUUUGCACUGGGCAAUAAUAAUGCUCUAUUGUACCAUUGGAUAUAUACACUGUAACAAAUUACCAGAUGAACAACGAUUGUUAUUGAAACUCUUUGAUAACUAUGAUACCAGUGUUAGGCCGGUGUAUAAUUCUUCCAAAAAUGUCGUUGUCACAUUCGGGUUUACGCUUAUACAAAUCAUGGACAUGGAUGAAAAGAAUCAAGUUCUCAUAACGAAUGCUUGGUUAGUAAUGGAAUGGAAGGACGAACGCAUAAGUUGGAACCAGUCUGACUUUGGUGAUAUGUCUAUUGUCCGUAUUCCAGCAAGAUUGCUUUGGCUACCAGACAUUGUUCUUUAUAACAAUGCUGACGAUUACACAACUGGAUUUAUGAAUGUGAAUGCAAUGGUACAUGAUAACGGAAAUGUAUUCUGGUCACCACCCGUGCGGCUACGAAGCUCAUGUAAAGUGGACAUUACAUAUUUUCCUUUCGAUACACAAAUAUGCAAACUGAAAUUUGGUUCAUGGACAUAUGACAAGGCUCAAGUUGAUCUUCUCAACCAGGCUGAUUUCGUUGACGUGUCAAGUUAUGUGACAAAUGGAGAGUGGCGACUAAGCAGGUUUGAAAUUGUUCGUAAUGAGACAGUGUACCCAAUCGGUGACGCCGUGUAUCCCGACGUUACCGUUGUUUUGGUCAUUCGUCGCAGAGUUCUGUACUACGUGCUAAACAUUAUUGCUCCAUGUUUCUGGCUAAACAUACUAAGUGUGUUAAACUUUGCCCUUCCACCAGACGCCGGUGAGAAAAUGACUCUCGGCAUCACAGUUCUUCUAUCGUACUCAGUCUUCAUGCUACUUGUAGCUGACAGUAUGCCACCCACAUCGGAAUUUGUACCUCUCAUUGGUAUUUAUCUAACCGUCUCAAUGGCCAUGUCAUCGGUGUCUGUAGUUUUAUCAGUAAUGGUAAUGAAACUUCACCACUGCGUCCCGAAUCAGCGUGAGGUCCCACCGUGGGUGCGGCGUUUCGUUUUGAAAGGCCUAUCGAGUUUCCUACGAUGUCGCUGCAAACCUGUAUGUCGGUUCUCCCGACGUCGUCGAGUCAACAUGAAACCAAGCGCUGCUGCUGCUGAGAGACUUGCCGACCCGACUGAGAUGUGUACGAAGUUAAUGAACGAGGUGAGUGUUUCAACAAAUCCGAAACCAUAUAGAAGGGAAAUUGGAAUGUUAUCAGAUAUAAGGACAGAGUUUUCCAGUACGAGAGCGCAGAACCCUUUCGCCGGAGACAACGGGAGUGACCUUCCGGAGCACGAUCGUCGAUCAUUUUUCUCAGAGGAGGCUCUCAAGUAUUUGAGGCUUCUGGUUGCUAAAAGCGACGAAGAAGACAAUCAAACUGCAAUUAUGGACGAAUGGAAACAAGUGGCACUCGUCAUUGACAAAUUACUAUUCUGGACUUUCCUAUUUAUUACAAUCAGCACAGUUGUUGGGAUUUUGGUCAUUGUGCCUCUUUUGGUAACAGAUGAUGACGGUGGAGGUCUUUAGGAUUAAAUCAUAGUAUGUGUGAAAAUAAUAUUUGUUUAUGGUAUAACGCAUUACUAUUAUAUUGAACGCACAUAAGGUUAAUAUUGAAGCAAAUUGUAGAUACAUACAAUACAUACAUAUAUAGAUAUGUAAAUAUAUAUAUACACAUA